AUGGCUUCCUCCCUUCUUUCGUUAACUCCAUCUUUCUUUGGUAAAACACCCAAGGUUGCACCAUUAAUCUCUCAAAGAUGCAGAGGGAGUGUCGCAUAUAUUGCCAGUACCAAAAUUUUCGGUUCAUCGACCAGUAGGAGGUCAGGGAACUAUCAGCCUUGCUUUUGGAACGAUGAUGAUCUGCAGUUGUUGAGCGGCGAUUAUAAGGGCCAUGAGUAUGCAAAGCAAGUCGAAGUGCUGAAAAGAAAAGUGAAGACUAUUUUGAACGAUAUUGUGGAACAUGAUCAGCUAUUGGAUCAACUCAAGAUGAUCGACAGCUUGCAGAGGCUUGGAGUAGCAUAUCAUUUUGAUGAUGAGAUUAACAUGAUGUUACUGAACAUAUAUCAGAACAGUGACAAUCAAAUGAGAAAGGAAAAUUUGUAUGCAGCAGCUUUGGAAUUUAGGCUCCUCAAGGAAUAUGGAUAUCAUUCAUCUCCGGAAAUUUUCAACUGUUUUCGGGAUGAUAGAGGAAGAUUCAGGCCAUCUCUAUGUAAGGAUAUCAUGGCAAUGCUGAGCUUGUAUGAAGCUUCAUACUACUGUUUCGAAGGAGAAAGCAUAAUGGAGGCAGCUUGGCACUUUACGUCUGAAAAUCUCGGAUAUGUGAAGGAUGACAUCAAUCCUAUUCUCGCCUUCUAG